AAACACCUUCAGCAGCCAUGAUCCACUACCAAGGAAUUAAUUGUCUACCACUUCCACCAAUUCCUCCUCCUCUGGCAAUAGGAGCUAGACAUCAUAGCUUUGCAUGCUGUUCCCUGAAUACUAACUCAGGAAACGCAGAUCUGCUUGCUCGUUUACCACAGAAUACCAAACAAGACACUUUCCGUCCUCUCAUAACCUUCCCCCCUGACAUCUGGGGCGAUCGUUUUGCCUCUUUUUCCGUCGAUAACUCUGUAUUAAUUACAUCUCCAUCUACUUCAUUUUCUUUUAAUUAAUUUCUCAAUACCUUAUUGACAAAGAAGUUUUUUUUUUUUUUCUUUGGUUUGAUUUAAGUGUUCUACUUGAUUUUUAUAUAAGAUUCGAUUAAAUAAUUUUACAUAAUAAAUAAAUGGUAACUAAAAUUUUUUUCUUUAUAUACCUAAUUUUUGUUGAGCAUUCUCAUUUAGGUAAAAAAAUAAUUUAAUUGCCAUUCAUUUAUUAUAUAAAUUAUCAAAUUAAUUUAUAUAGAGUUGAAAGAUUAAAACAACUUAAAAAAACACGAGGGAGUAAUUAACAUCCCGUUCAUGUUAUUUAAUUACUAUUUGCUUUUGUUUGUCCAGGAAUUACUUGAAUCAUACUCAAGAAAAGUGGAGUCAUUGAAAGAGAUUGUGGGAGACAGUUUAAUAGCUACUAAAAGCAGUCCAUUGGAGAAGGUCAAUUUGAUCAAUUUGUUGUACCGCCUUGGCGUCUCAUAUCACUUUGAAAAUGAGAUUGAAGAGCAACUGAAUCAUCUUUUUGAGAUCUCAAAUGAACUCGUAAAAGUGCAUCACCAUGACCUAUCAAGUGUUGCACUCAUCUUUCAAGUCUUUAGACAACAUGGUUACAACAUUCCGUGUGAUGUAUUUAGCAAGUUCACGGACAAAAAUGGCAAGUUCAAGUCUAAACUAGGCAGGGAUGUGAAGGGCAUCCUAAGCUUGUAUGAAGCAUGCCAGUGGGGAAUUCAAGGAGAGGACAUUCUAGACGAAGCCAAUGCAUUCACAAUAGAUCAGCUGCAAUCCUUGGCAAUGCAAUCAAGGCCUCAUCUUCGACAAUACAUUCUUGAUGCUCUGAACCGGCCGUACCAUAGGGGCGUGCCAAGAGUGGAACAUAGGCAAUUCAUCUCUUUCUAUGAACAAGAAGAGUCUUCCAGGAAUGAUACACUGCUAAACCUUGCAAAGUUUGAUUUUAACCGGAUACAACUAUUACACCAGCAAGAAUUGAAGUUCCUUGCACGUUGGUGGAAAGAUCUAAACUUAAUGUCAAUGGUUAAUAUAAGAGAUAGAAUUGCGGAAGUCCACCUCUGGUCUGUUGCACAUUAUUUUGAGCCACAGUACAGCCGUGCAAGGAAAAUAUUGUCUCAACUUUUUCAGCUUCUGGGAGCUCUUGAUGACACAUAUGAUGCAUAUGGUACAUAUGAGGAACUUCGAUGUUUAACACAUGCCAUGUUAAGGUUGAGCCCCGCAUCUUUAUAAUAUUUUAUUUUAUUUUUUGGUAUUAAGCUAAAUUAAAGGGUGAUGUGUGUUAAUUAAUUAGGUGGGAUAGGAGUGCCCUUGAUCAACUUCCCACGGAUCCCUUGAAAGCUCUAUACAAAGCCAUCUUGGAUACUCAC